AGAGGCACGUACUUUCCGUCGGAAUUGGCGGGUUGCUGGAGGCAGGCAGCUAGCUUGCGUGUACCUUUUGUCUGACCAGUCAAGGAACCUCGAUAAAAUAAUAACAAACUCUUUCCUCAAUCGACAGAUUUCAAACGUUUGUCGACACUUAAAGCCGCUCUAUCUGCAGGAAACCACCUUGUUUGGUGUUAUUUCGCCCUUAAUUCCGUAAUUCACAGCACUGUUGACGUUGACAGGGAACCGGAAGGUUCCGCAGAGCCUCCCCCCUUCAUGACGAGCAUGAGCCAACCAACAGAGACAGCCAGUGAUGCUCCCAGCGUCACCGAAGACGAGAAGCUGGCGGCCACCGCUGGAAAGAAGCUGAACAAGAAGAAGGUGGAGGAGGUUGUAGAGGAAGAGGAAGAAUAUGUGGUGGAGAAAGUCCUGGACAGACGGGUGGUGAAGGGCAGAGUGGAGUUCCUGCUCAAGUGGAAGGGCUUCUCAGAAGAAGACAACACAUGGGAACCAGAGGACAACCUGGACUGCCCUGAUCUCAUUGCAGAGUACAUGCUAAAACAUAAACCUGCAAGUGAUGAGAAGAAAGAUUCUAGCGGAAAGAGGAAAGGAGAAUCUGACACAGAUGGUGGAGAAGACAGCCGGCCUAAAAAGAGGAAAGAUGAGCAAGACAAGCCGAGAGGCUUUUCACGGGGGUUAGAUCCAGAACGCAUCAUUGGAGCCACAGAUUCCAGUGGCGAGCUCAUGUUUCUAAUGAAAUGGAAAAACUCUGAUGAGGCAGAUCUCGUUCCAGCCAAAGAGGCCAAUGUGAAGUGCCCGCAGGUGGUCAUCUCAUUCUACGAAGAGCGACUGACAUGGCACUCUUACCCUUCUGAGGAAGAAGAGAAGAAAGACGAUAAGAACUAGGCUUGCGAGGGAAAACGAGAUAUGUGGCAAGUCAUUACUAGUUAGGGUGGGCUUGGCGGGGGGGACAUGGGAAGUUUAGAAAUGGGGGAACAGAGACAAACUCUUACACUCGAUGCCAUAAAACCGGACUCGGAGUAUAUUCAGAGCAUGAUAUGCAGACGUGGAGUCAUCAAAAGUGAUUUUAAUCAGAAUACUAAUCCCAUAAGAAA